ACAGAAGUCGCGAGCAGGUUCUCGCGGUGGACCACACAUUAUUGUAAUGCUUCAAAUGCGAAGCUCACCGGACCUCAUCUGAACUUAUUGCUUUUGCUCAGCAUAACGCUAGCUAGUCUUGCGGUUAAAUACAACCUUUAGUUACAGCAAUGUAUUGGUUUCACGUACCGACGAUUAGCUUAGCCACUGCUAACAAUAUUUUGAGCUCGCGGGCUUGCCGUAGCGUGCUGUCUUCUUCAUGGUGGGGUAGUUGUUGCCAUGGCGACCCCACUCACAAGUUAUCGGUGGCGGAAACUGAACCUAAAACUGCAGACACACCUUCGAGCGUAAGACACACAUAAACAGACAUUAAAUGGCUUCAUGCCUGGUCCCCGACUUCCCGGCCGUUAUGGUGGCUCUCGAGCAUUUAAAGGAGCUGGACAAGCAGCUGAGAGAGGAGGGAGUACCAUUCUCACCUGAAGCCAGCCUCCACCUGACGGAGAUAACGGCUGCUAUCACUGAUCUGGAGGCGGACCGGCGUGCUGCUCAUGAACAUUUAGAAGUGGAAACCAUAGAAAACAGCAAGCUAAGGCACCAAAUUAACGAUAUAAGAGAAAGAAUGAGCCAGGAACUUAUAGCUGACGUAGCAGCAGCCCGGGAAUCUAACGCUGAGGAGAUCGAGCAGCUGCACAAAGACCUCAACACAGUUUCUCAGCUACAGGAAGCCUCCGUGAAGAGGCAGGAAGCCCUCUUGAGCCAAAACAAAGCGCUGUACCCAGAGCGAGACCAGGUAAAGACCGAACACGAAGAGAUUGUCGCCGCUCAGAAUGAACAAAUCACCUUAAAGUAUGGCCUGCAGAUGCAGCUGGAUCGGACACGGGAUUGGAUAGAGGAGCUGAAGUCCUGCAUUGCUGCUGUCCAACAGGACAAAGUAACGCUGCAGCAGAAGAUAGCGCUGGAGAGACAGGCCUUCACUCUGAAAAAAGACAUAUUGUCCAGAGAGGUAGAUCAGGCUGAGGAGAAAAUUAAGCAACAGAAGCAAGCAAUCAGGAGGAGCAGAAGAGAGUUGGACAGACUUAAUGGCUGGAAACAGGAAACCCACAAUCAUCUGAGCAAGAUUUUGAUCGAUUUGGCCAAGAUGGAGAGCAAUUUACGAAGACUUGAAGCGUCUCGGUCCCAGUGCGAGAAACAGCUGCAGGGAGAGAGCAAAAAGCAUCAUGACUUGAGGCAACAGAGAGAAACGAUGAAGAAGGAGUUGCGUGAUCUAAGGGAAGGCUUCAGUGCUGCUGUCCAGCGGCUUAAAGAGGAUAUCGCCAUGGUGGAAGGUAAAAUAGAGGAGGGUCGAGCAUCCAGAUUGCUCUGUCAAGACACCCUGGCUAAAAUCUAUGAGAUAUUCAAGCGUCAGCGCGACGAAGAGAACGAAGUGAAGGCCGAGCAUUUCCAAGUAUCGCAGCAGCUGGAGCAAUCCAAGCUGCAGCUGGAGGAGCGCAUCGCCUCCGUGGUCAAACACAGCAAGGGGAUCAAAGAGAUGGACAAGCAGAUCCGAGAACUCCUGGAAACGGACACAAUCACCAAGCGUGUGUUCGAGAGAAAUCAGGAAGAAUUGUUUGACAACGUGGAUACAGGGAAGAAGAAUAUUGGACAUUUUGAGGAGGAGAAGAGGCGGCUGAUGAAGCUCUCGGAGGAGGCGAAGAGGAAGCAGGAGGAGCAUGUGGCGAAGAUGACCACAGAUAUCAGCAACACCAGAAGGAGAUACCAGGAGCUUCGACAAGAGGAGGCCUCACUCCAAAAGCGCCAGCCCAAGAGUGCAAAUGCCGACUUGCUGAUGAGCCACGUGACCCAGUGUGAGGUGGAGUACAGACAAAAAGAGACCAAACGGCAUGAGGAAAUAGAGCAGUGCAAAACAGAGACCGCGAGCAUCACAGGAAGCCAUGAGGAGAAGCAGAGGGAGUUGGAGGAGAAAGAGGAGAUGCUGAAGGCGGUCGAAGCAAAGUGGAAAGAAGAACAAUCCAGGCACCAGAGGCUGAAAACGCUGACCUCUGAGCUGAGGAAGAAGAGGAAAGAGCUGGAGCUGUCGAUUCAGUUGCUUAAGGUGAAAAACGGGUCUCUACUGCAGCCCAAAGAGAAGAUGAAGGCCGAGCUGGAGGAGAUGAGAGAAAGCUACAUGGACAUGCUUGACAAACAGGCCUCAGAUCUGAGAGCUGUGGAGGUGAGCGUCUACGACAAUGGCGUGAAACUGGAGCAGGUCAACAUGGAGAACAGCAGGCUGCAUCUCCGUAUCAGACAGAUGACAGAGGAAGUUGGCAGAGCCAGGGAGAACAAAGGCCGAUACUGGCAGGAGGUUCAACAGUUCAAGCGGGACAUAAAGGCCUUGUUUGAGAGCUUACAGGAAGCAUGGAGAGAGGAUUCAUCUGUAACUCAGGACUGUCAGAACAGCGAUGGCGUUCUGCUGGUGUCGAUGAGUGCCAUGUUGAACCACUUGAAGACCAGGAGACAACAGUUAGGGAACGUCAGUACACUCCUACACCAACAGAUGUUAGACUUCAGCAAACGACUGGGCGACAAAACAACUGUUGAACAGCAGAAUUGAGUUGACCUGAUGUGAAUUCAGAUAAACUGUGCAUGGAAUACUUGAUGUCAAUAUUAAAUUGUAAUUAUAAAAAG